GGAAGCUUGGUUCCUGGCGCUCGCCGUAGAAUCUAUGCUGUAGAAGGACCGUUGCCUUGGAGCCAAAGGGAAGCGGCCGGCGGGAGUCCCGCCCUACAUCGGGGCUGCCAUGUCGGUAUUAGACGCGCUUUGGGAGGACCGAGAUGUCCGGUUUGACGUGUCCUCUCAACAAAUGAAAACAAGACCUGGAGAGAUCCUUAUUGAUUGUUUAGAUUCAAUAGAAGACACCAAAGGAAACAAUGGGGAUAGAGGUAGAUUAUUAGUGACAAAUUUGAGAAUUAUAUGGCAUUCUUUGGCAUUACCCAGGGUCAAUCUUUCUAUUGGCUACAACUGCAUAAUCAAUAUUGCAACAAGAACUGCUAACUCUAAAUUACGGGGCCAGACUGAAGCUCUUUAUAUACUAACAAAAUGUAACAAUACUCGUUUUGAGUUUAUAUUUACAAAUGUGGUUCCUGGGAAUCCUAGACUUUUUACCUCUGUCAUUGCAGUACACAGAGCUUAUGAAACUUCUAAAAUGUACCGUGAUUUUAAACUGAGGAGUGCAUUAAUUCAAAACAAACAGCUAAGAUUAUUACCACAAGAACAAGUAUAUGAUAAAAUCAAUGGUGUUUGGAAUUUAUCCAGUGACCAGGGAAAUUUGGGAACCUUUAUUAUUACCAAUGUGAGAAUUGUUUGGCAUGCAAAUAUGAAUGAAAGUUUCAAUGUCAGCAUACCAUAUCUGCAAAUUCGUUCUAUAAAGGUCAGAGAUUCAAAAUUUGGUUUAGCACUCGUUAUAGAGAGCUCUCAACAGAGUGGAGGAUAUGUUCUUGGUUUCAAAAUAGAUCCUAUGGAAAAACUACAGGCGUCAUUAAAGGAAAUAAAUUCACUUCACAGAGUCUAUUCUGCCAGUCCUAUAUUUGGGGUGGAUUAUGAGAUGGAAGAAAAGCCUCAGCCUCUUGAAGAUCUGACAGUUGAACAAAUUCAAGAUGAUGUGGAAAUAGAGUCUGAUGAACACACUGAUGCUUUUGUGGCUUAUUUUGCUGAUGGCAAUAAGCAACAAGAUCGUGAACCUGUAUUUUCAGAAGAACUGGGGCUUGCAAUAGAAAAAUUGAAGGAUGGAUUCACCCUGCAGGGACUUUGGGAAGUAAUAAGUUGACCUUGAUUUGAGCUGAAUUUCUAUUUAAAGAUAUUUUAAGAUUGAAGAUACUAGUCGUCUGGUACAACACAUUGAAUAGUCACAUGUAAAGUUAUAACUAUAAAAAAAAUUUAAGGAAAAAAUGCAUUUAUCUAAAAUGUUAUUGCCAGUUGCCUUAUCGAUCCUAAAAUUGUAACAGAAUUGGAUUUAGUUUGUUGAAUUUAUUUACUAUACAUGGCAUUUUAAUGUUGUACAUUAAUAAAUUUGCUGAUAUAAAAUGAUUGUAUGUGAUUGCAUAAAGACUAUUUGUAUAGCACUUUUUAAUGUUUUGCAGAUAUUAUUUAGGAGAAUAAGACAGGAACUCUAAUUAAAUCAGAGGUGAACUUUUCUGAACUUUAGGUAGGGUGAGAUAAAUAACAUGCUGUAGUGGAAAGAGUGCUUGCUUUGGAGUAAGAGAAUCUGGCUUUGAGUCUCAAGUCCACUACUUACUACCUAUGUGAGUAGCUAGCUCUCUUUACCUCUUGGAGCCUUAGUUUGCUCAUCUGCAAAAGGAAGGGGUUACAAUGAUCCUCUAUUAUACUAGAUUCAAUUGUGUUGCUAUAGAAUUUCAAGAAUAACAUUCUUUUUUUUUUUUAAGAAUAACAUUCUUGAAUAUUAAUUAGUACCAUUUUUACUCCAUAAUGGGGGGAGGGGGGGUCCCAAAAUAAAUUUUAAAAUUCUGGAACUUGAUGUAGAUCAAUUUCUACUUGAAAUUUUGAAUACUAUUUAGGAGAUUAUUAUAGCAAUAGACAUUUGUUUAAUGAUUUUUUUUAAAUAAAAUAUUUGUUUUACCAUUUUAUUGCUACAGUGAUUUUCUGAUAUUCCCCUGUUUAUGUUUACAAUAGUUUGUAGGAUAACUUUCAAUUCCCAAUUAGUUGCACAUUUAAUGAUAGAAGCUUAUUCUAGUUAUUAUUACUUCAAGCUUAACAGAGGGUUCUUAAACAACUUAUGUUCAGAAUUAUAAAUUUAUUAGGAAAUAAUAUCAGUUUCAAGAGAGGUACCAUUAUGAAAAUUGCCUGUAACUGUGUUGUUUUCUUUUUUAUUAUUAUUAUUAAAUUCUGUAAUACCUUUUUUCUGCUACAUUGUAAAAAGUAGUGUCAACUUAGUCAUUGAAUUGUAUUUGUUAUAUGUCAUGCACAAAGAAUAAGCCUACUAUAAAAAUUGCUGAGUUUCAAGGUCUAAUCUCAAAUGGAUCACAUCAUUGGAUUUUCAUCUGACUCAUUAAGACUUCAAAUGUUAGGUGUUAUCAUGAUUCAAGAAAUGACUCAUUUAUUGUUUAAAGGGAGGGGGCAAGCAGCUGUUAUAUGUUUUCUAGUGAGAUAAAACCUUCAGUAGUGUCUAUAAAUGGAAAAGAGUCAACGAGCUCCCCUUUCAGCUGUUGUUUUAGCAGCUGACAGCACUAUGGACUUCAUUAUGAUGUAAAAUAGAAGAAAACUGUUAUCCAUUUGUGGAGGCCUUAAAGUUUAGAAACUUUUGAUUUAAUGGUUUGUGGUGUGUUUAUAGGAAUUCAAAGACAAUUUGAAAUUACAGUAUUUGUAAAGUACAGCCAAUUUCAGAAAGUCCUUGAAUAUCCGAUUAUGCAGCACAUAAAGAAAAUCAAAACAUUUUCAUAAUUGGUAUAUAAAUUGAGCUUGGCUACUUAAAGUAUUUUUAACUUAGAGUAGUAAAAAAGUUGAAUCAUUUAUGGCCACAUGCAUUAUUCCAAAAUUGUUAUUGUUUGCUUCAGAAAAAUGGUUUUCAAAUUGUAUAUGUGAUCAUGACUAUAAUUCUGUACAAUCUUCAAAUGAAUAUAAAGUUUCUGUAAUGUCUAUGAAUGAAAUACUUUUUCCUUUUUAACAUUUUUAUAAAAACAUUUUCAAUAUUUGUAAGCUAUUUGAUUAUCUUUACUUCUUACAAAUUUUCCAUUUAAGAUUACAGAGAAUUCAGAAUGCCAUAGGAGAAAAGAGAUCAGUGAUUCCUCUACGUUAUUUGGAUUAUAGUGCAGUUGGAUCUUUAAAAUUAUUUUAAGGAUUAAUUUUAAAAUCAUACUUAAAGAAUCAUAAUUUCCUGGGGCAGCUAGGUGGC